UCCAAUGUCUUCUCCAUGUUUGAACAAGCCCAGAUCCAGGAGUUCAAGGAGGCCUUUAGCUGCAUUGACCAGAACCGUGACGGCAUCAUCUGCAAGUCAGACCUGAGGGAGACCUAUUCCCAGCUCGGGAAGGUGAGCGUGCCAGAGGAAGAGCUGGAUGCCAUGCUACAGGAGGGGAAGGGCCCCAUCAACUUCACCGUCUUCCUCACGCUCUUCGGGGAGAAGCUCAAUGGGACGGACCCUGAGGAAGCCAUCCUGAGUGCCUUCCGCAUGUUUGACCCCAGUGGCCAAGGGGUAGUGAACAAGGAUGAGUUCAAGCAGCUCCUCCUGACCCAGGCAGACAAGUUCUCUCCAGCCGAGGUGGAGCAGCUGUUCGCCCUGACACCCAUGGACCUGGCAGGCAACAUCGACUACAAAUCCCUGUGCUACAUCAUCACCCAUGGGGACGAGAAAGAGGAGUAG